UACUCAUUAAUUAGUACUUGCCUUCCCACAACAAUCACCAAUUUUGACAUUCCUCCCUAUUUAUACACUCUCUCACACACUCCCCAAAUCCCAUAUUCAAUCCCAAAAAAAAAAUUUUAAAAAGAAGAAAAAAAUAAAAUGAACCCUCAGGUCUCAAAAACAUGCAAAAUCCAGAAGAAGCGGCUGAGCCAGGAGCAGGUUCGGCUCCUGGAAGCCAGCUUCGACUCGGGCAAGAAGCUCGAGCCGGAGCGGAAAUUCCAGCUGGCGCGGGACCUGGGGGUCCCGCCCCGGCAGAUUGCCAUCUGGCACCAGAACAAGCGGGCGCGGUGGAAGAGCCAUAGCCUGGAGCUCGACCACGGCGCCAUGCAGCUGCGGCUCGACGCGGCGCUGGCCGAGAAGAGGGAGCUGGAGAAGGAGGUCGGCCUGCUCCGCUCCGAGCUGAGGCGGGCUCAGGACAUGCUAGGCGCGGCUCGGGGCGGGGGCGGGGGCGGGCCGCCCGUCUCGUCGCAGCUGUCGAGCUGCUGCGACGAGACGGGCGGCGGAGGGGGCAGCUCGAGCCUCAAUGAGGACGUCGGCUGCUCGGCUAAUUGGCCGAAUGUGGAAGAGCUGUAUGCUUGUUUGAUGGCUAAGCCGGUUUCGGAAGUUGUGAAUGAAAGAGAUUAUUGGGUAUAAUAAACCAACUUUUUUUUAAAAUUUAUUUUAUCUUUUUAGUUCCAAUAAAGUUUCAUAUAAUAUAUAAUUGAGUCGAUCUCACUAAUUUAAUCAGGUAAAUUAUCAGAAAAAUCAUUUGUUAAAAUUCUAACUUUAAAAGUCGAAAAACCAUGAUUUUAUUUUGUGAAAUUGUAUCUGGUCAUCAUUAGUAAGUUAAACGAUGUCAUCACAUAUUAAGAAAACGACGAUGUUUGCUUGAAAACUCUACAAUAUAUACACGCAGACGAUCGGAUUUUUUUGCAGUAGGGUGUUUGAGAAACUUCAUGGUUUUGCGACUGUUUUUAAAGUUAUGGGAGGGAUAUGAAUUUGACAAAAUUUUAUGAUUUUUUGGUCAUUUGUUGGACUUAAUUUGGAUCAUAUUUGGGUUGUUUGUUUUGUUCUUUCGGUUGGGAAUAUAUAUGUGGCAAGGUAGAUAAGAAUUUUUUAGAGUUGAUUUCGAUCUUAGUUAAAAGAAUUCGUGGAAUAUUCAUCAUGUAAAAGUUUGGUGAACCACUAUGGUAUUCGAUUCUAUGAAGGAUGCAAAUUCUUUUGUACUUGGAUUCCUCUUGAAGAAAGGUUGAAACUCGAGAUAUAUUGAUAUUGGUUUUUCACGAAGAUAUAUUGAUAAAACACAGUACUAUUAUUCAAUAUUAGACACGGAUUGGAUGUUAUAUUUUGAUAUUGUCUACUAAAAUAAAUGGGGAUUGUGAAUUCUUGUGUUGGGGCACUGAGUUCACUGUCGAGAUUGUUUGAGGAUUGUAUAUGUUCGAACUGACUAGAUCGUGGCUUGUUUUCAUGGUUUGCCUCUCUUAUAACAAAAAAAAAUUAAAACUAAUUAAUUUAUCUUUAAUGUUAUUUUUAUAUAUGAAAGCGAGAUCGGCGCGAAAUGCAUUUGAAUUGCUUUCUACCCUUAGAGCAUCUGUAACGCCAUGGGCCGGGCCGCAAAUCGUGAGUCCCGGCCCGUCCCAUGCAUUACA